AAAAGUUGUACACCUUACAUCCUCACGCGUAUUUUGAUAUUUUAUAUUUCUAUAAAGGAACUCCAAAACAUUGUCCGACAAUAUGGGAGCGAAGAAAAAGCCAAAAACCGCGGAGCGUAAUCCUCACCUGAAUAAAACAACUAAAAAUCUUAAAUUUAAACGAAAAGCGAAGGAAAUGAUGGAACAGCACCGGAAACAGGCACUUUUGGAAAAAUCCUACAGAGAAAAGGAGGAAAUCAAAAUGGAUGAAGCCGAAGGCAAAAUAUUUGAAUUCAUAAAGGAUGAGGAAGAUGAUAAUGCCGAAACUAAUACAUUCAACGAACUUAUGGAUACCCUCUCCGCAAAAGAACAAGAUUAUAUCUCCGCGGAUGAUUCCCUUGGUGACGAUACGGAUGAUGAAUUAUCUGUUGCUCCUGAAGCGAAACCUGCUGAGGAAGAUGUGGUUGAGGAAGCUGCACAAGAAGUUGAGGAAUUAGAAGCAGUAGAGUCCAAUGACACAUUUGCGCAGCAUUUUGAUUUCGAUUUGCCGCUUGAAAGUGUGGAUAACUUAUGGACCGUACAGAGUGAAGUUAAGAGAAGCGUACUUACUUGGCCACAUUUGGGUUCCAUCAAAAUGCAAAUACCACAAUUUGUAUGUGAAGAACUAUCUAAAAAUGAACUUAAUUGGAAUAACAAUUACAAACUACUUGGCACGGAACAUUUACAUACAAUGAAUAUUAGAUCAGUUAUACUAGACAACUUUACAAAAGAAAUCACACCCUUGCAAGCAGAAGUUUUUCAAAUACUCAAUCACUAUAAUGAUUUCUGUCAUCCCAACGUGCAGAAGGACAAAAUAGAUGAAUUACGUUUAUGUUACAGUGCGCACAUUUUGAAUCAUAUGCUAAAGACGCGUAAUCGCAUACUAAAACAUAAUAUGAAAUUGGCAGCUACACCAAAUAUAGUGACCAUACCGGACAGUUAUCGAGAUCAAGGAUUGGCGCGACCCAAAGUACUUGUCAUUUUGCCAUUCAGGAAAUGUGCCUAUCAAAUUGUGACAAAUAUGGGUCGGCUAUUGUACGGCAAAAAUAUGGAAACAAAAUUAAUGAACUUCUCGCGUUUCACUGACGAAUAUACGGGUGACAGCUUGCGUUUCCCGCAAAACAAACCGAAACCGGAAGACUACGUAGAAACGUUUAAAGGGAAUAUAGAUGACAAUUUUAAAAUUGGUAUUUCUAUAACCAAGAAGAACUUAAAACUUUACACGGACUUCAAUGCAUCCGAUAUUAUUAUUGCAUCACCAUUGGGUCUACGUUUGGGCAUAGCAUCAAACAGCAAAGAGACUGGCGCCUUUGAUUUUUUAAAUUCGAUUGAACUUCUGAUAUUGGACAAGGCGGAAAUGUUUUUAGCACAGAAUUGGGAAAAUCUACUACAUGUAAUAGAUCACUUGCACCUGCAGCCACAAUCUUUAACUAAUGUUAACUUACAACGUGUACGCCCAUGGUGUUUGAAUGGCUUAUGUCGUUUUUAUCGGCAAACAGUGGUGCUGUCCUCGCAUGAACUACCCGAAAUACGUUCACUUUUCUUCAAUAAAUGCUUCAACUACUGUGGUAAAGUGUCUAUUUCGAAUCCGAUUCGACAAGGUGACAUAAGCAACGUCUUUGUUACCACACCGCAAAUAUUUAAUUUAAUAGAUACCACAAGUUUGGACUCGGUUUUCGAUACACGCUUCCGCUAUUUCAUCAAAGAAAUACUACCACGUUAUAGAAAGCCUUCUUUUGCACAUUGUAUGAUAUAUGUACCGAGUUACUUCGAUUAUGUACGUUUGCGUAACUAUUUGAAAGCCGAAUCUAUAAGCUUUGCGCAAAUUUGUGAAUACACCAAAAAGGAGAAGGUGGCGCGUGCGCGAGACAUGUUCUAUCACAGCGGUGUGCACUUUUUACUUUACUCAGAACGAUAUCACUUCUAUCAGCGUACACGCAUAAAGGGUAUACGCCAUUUGAUUAUGUAUCAGCCGCCAAUGUGGCCGCAGUUGUAUUCAGAGAUGGUCAAUAUGAUGAAUGAAAGCAAUCAGAAUGCGGCAGAUGGCUUGGACGAUUCGAUGAGCAUUACUGUGUUGUACACAAAAUAUGAUCUAAUACAGCUAAAUGCAAUUCUGGGUACAGAGUCAGCGGCAGAAUUACAAAAUUCUAAUAAAACUAUACAUAGUUUUACGAUUAAGUAGCAAAUUAUUACUUAUAAGUAAUUGUAAAUAUAAAAAUACAAUACUACUUAACAAU